GCUUUGUGCUUCCACCCGACCACACUGAAUAACCACCUAUAUUACCUGGUUCCCUUCAGAGAUGGGCCAUAUCGGAACUUUGUCAUCAAGACACAGUACAAACCAGUCAACGUGUCGACAUCUAUAAAUAAGACUCUUUCCAUUCUCAUCACGCUCACUGCCGCCCACACUAUCGGCUACGUCCACACGCGUCACGAUACCUAUCGCUGGCAGCAGAGCAUGUACGAGCUCGCCUCUCCCACACCAGAGGUGCAAGUUUGGCGCUUCGAGGUGCUCACACGCGGGGGGCUCGUCUUCGAGCUCUGGCUGCACGCGAUAAUCUUCAUCAACUCAUCCCUCUUAGCUGGCGCCUUCUUCCGCGAGGGCCCCAAACAUGUCCCGCAGGCUCUCUACCAGCUCAUCACGGAGCCGGAUGCGCGGCGCGCGUUGGGCGAGCGCACAGCCGAGUUCAUUGCCGGCGUGUUCGCUACAACGUUUUUGUGGGCGCUCAACACCGGGGUCUUUGUGCUCAUUAGCCUACUUGUGGCCAUGUACGUCCGCGCAGCCAUCAGGCGACAGUACGACCAUGUCCUUCUCAAGAACAAGGUCCACAUUGCGCUCUCGUUCCUCGGCAUCCUCCCCGCUUGGAGCUAUAAAAACUCGCCCCUCGGCCAUCAGAAGACGCACGUUCUGUGAGGAAUGUCAUGUUUGUACACUUAAACUGACAUCAGCCUCCUCGAAAUGGGCUGGCUAUUCCUCGCGUCCGGCGUCAUUUCUCUCC